AAAAAAGAUAUUAAUUAAUAUUAAUGGCUACCCCAUAAUCUUUGUCACCAUCACCAUUAUAAUCUUUGGGCGAUUUCAGUGUUAAAAAGCUAGUAGAUGAUGAUUUCUCAACAGGAAAAGCUACUUUAAAAGUCAAAGCUUAAGCUAAUGGUGGAGGCAGUGCUAAUUACAAAGGCACCUUAGACAUUAAUUCAUCUUUGGCUCCAGGUUAAGAAACAAAGUUUUAAAUGCCAUACAAGAAUUAAUAUUUUUGGUUUGCCACUAGAAGAGAAGAAACCAAGUUUCAUAUUGAUUUUGGCAAAUUUAAUAUCAUAAAAUAAUAAAAUUUAUUUGCCAAUGUCUAAUUUUAUAAUAGUUCAAAAAAAUCAACUAUUAGAGUUGGAUCAGUUUAUGAAGGAUAAAAAUGCUUAAGUCAUGCAAGUAAUAUAAUUAUUUAUAAAUUAAAUUAGGAUUGGAAUGGUUAAAUUAAGACAAAAUUAAUUUCUUACUUAGAUCAUAAGUUAGAAAUAAUAAUUGGCUUUAUGUAAUAGCUAGUAAAGCAUGUCUAUCUAAAUAAUAAUUUGAUAAGUUAGAUUUCUUGAUAGGAUACUAGACAAAAAAUUAUGAUAUUUUCUUUAGACAUGUAACAAAUGAAAGUCAUCCUUCUUUUCCAAUUAUAAGCAAUUUUGGAAUUGGAAGAUUCUAUUUUGAUACUGUUUACAGAAAGAAUUCCAAUCAAUAUGGAUUUGAAUUAGAAGCUAAACCACUUAGUGUAGAAGCAGUUCGUUUAGCUGCAUCAACUAAAGUUUAAGGAGCUGAUGUUAAAGCAAGAGUAAAUGUAUUUAAUAAAACUCUUGGAAUUUCUGCUAAAGGAAAAUUCAAUAAUACGUAUAUAUACUCAUUUAUAUUUAAUUAGAUUCUCAUGGACAUUAGCAACUGAAGUACCAAUUGAUGGAUAAGCACCUAAAAAAUGUGGAUGUCUUCCAGUUCCUAUUGGAUUAACUUUAGAAACAACAAUAUGAGAUUAAUCAUAAAUAAAUAUUAUCCAAAUU